UGCCCUGCCCUGCCCUGCCCUGCCGGAGCGGGGGCGCCGGGAGCAGCAGCCAUGAGCGGCGCGGAGCGGACGGAGGGGAAGGAGGCGGCGGCCGCGGGCGACCCCGGGCGCUCGCUGGGUCCCAGUGAUGCAUCUCCAGACGAAGGAGUUGUAGAAGAUCUGCCUUUAAUAGAUGAGAAAGCUGUGGAGCAGCUAGCUGAAGGAUUGAUUUCCCACUAUCUGCCUGAUCUUCAGCGAUCAAAAUCAGCACUGCAGGAACUUACACAGAACCAGGUGGUACUGCUAGAAACAUUAGAACAAGAAAUUUCAAAAUUCAAAGAGUGUAACUCCAUUGUUGAUAUCGAUGCUUUGUUUUCAGAAGCUAAACACUAUCACAACAAGUUAGUGAAUAUUAGAAAUGAAAUGAUGACGCUGCACGAGAAGACAUCAAAGUUAAAAAAAAGAGCGCUUAAGCUGCAACAAAAGAGGCAGAAGGAAGAAUUGGAACGAGAGCAGCAGCGUGAGAAAGAACUUGAAAGAGAGAAACAGUUAACAGCAAAACCUGCAAAGAGGACCUGAAAGCAGAGCAUGCAACAACUUGUCUGAAUUAAUGAUUUCUGCAUUCACUGGAAUUAAGGCAGACUUUGCUUAAAUUGGGCCAUAGCUGUUGCUAGCAACAGUCUACUCUGUGGUAUUAUAAAUUCCAGAAUGGUAAUAAUAGAGUUGGUAGCAUUCACAUUUUUUAAUUUCAGCUAUUCAAGUUGCCUUCUUUUGUAAUGCUAUGCAGUUUGAUAUUAUUAUAAAGUAAGUUAAUUUUUAUAUAUAUAUGUACAUAGAAGAACUAGGCAUCAUAGUUUUAAGUACCUAUCUUUUUUUUUUUUUUUUUUUUUUUUUUUCUUUUGGUGUUUAGAAUUCUGAGAGAUUUGAUGACUGGCACAUGUUUUUCAGACAAAAUGCAGAAUUUCUUCUUAAAGUUCAGUUCUCAUCACCAGACUUCAGUGGCUGCAUUUUCACUGAAACUGCUUUGUUUCAUGCAGUUAGGAUCUGUCUUUGAUCAUAAAUACUGAUUUCUCAGCCUUAGUUUGAUCCAUCUCUGAUGAACUGAAGAAAAUAGCAGUGUAUUUGCUUAAAAGUUCACUUCAUUGCAGCAAUCUUUUUUUUUUUUUUUUUUUUUUUCUCAUCAAGUAACUUAAGAACAGCUUUAAAGUAACUUCUGAAUAAGUUCCCAGCUGAAGUGAUUGGCAGGGGAGAAACAGAACACUAAAGAUUGUCAAAAUUGAUGUGUGCACAAUGUAAAGAUUAAUGACUUUGUGCUUUCACAAACCAGGAAACUGUUGCUUCUGUAGUGGUUUAUUAGGAAGGCUUGUGUGGUCUAAGCAUAUUUUUGUGGGAUUAGAAAUUGUAAUUACAUCUUGUGUGACAAAAUAAAACAUAAGCAAAACUAAAAUUUUCCACUUCAUAUGAAAUUCAGCCACCUGUAGGAAAACUACUGCAUUUAGUGCUUUUUCCUUAACAGAUGAAUCAUUUGCACUUCAGGGCAGGGCUGUAUAAGAGAUUUUUUGGUUGCACCGUCCUCACCCAAAUUGUUGAUUAUUAGUGUGUACUGAUGAGAAAUCUGGAAUGGAGGUUGAUACCCGUUUCUCUGAAUGUAAUUCCUAUCUUGCAGCACUUGGUGAACUCACAUUCAAAUGAAUGUAAAAGUUGUCUAGACUGCUAAAAGAGCUUUAAAUUAUUUGUUCCUACAGUCUAACAAACUAGUUAUUUUAUAACUGUGUUUCUUUUCAAGUAUAUCUGUGUUUCUUUUUAAGUAAUAAUGUAAAUGAUGUGUUUUGAAGUAAGAUAAAUGGUGAGCUAUGUAAAGUUUUCCAUAAAACAUGUAUAGGAAGGUAUCACAGGGGCACAGUCAAUUUUAUUUUUCCUUCUGUUUUAGAUGACUCACACAGUGUACACCUGCCUGGACUUUCUGUAUUGUAAUUUUCUGAACUCCUAAUUUCCUGUUCUUAAUAUUUGUCAUCUUUUUCUGUGCAAGAUGUACUCCAGCAAGUACCCAGCUCAUGCAUUGUGCAAGGUAAACUGGGAUAAUGUUUUGGGGCAAGGAGAACAAAAUACUUAAAGCAGUCUGAAGAGACACUGAAAUGCUUUUAGUGAAGCAGUAUUAGAUUAAAACUUUCCACAGAUAUUUUUCCCUGAAGUUGACUCGUGGCUAUUAAUUGCCAGUGGAUUGUUGGCCUCUGCUGUGGUUUGUAUGUAUUUCUAAGAGAAAUGUAAAGAAUUUCCACAGUCCAUUUUUUGGAGCAGAAUGUACAUAACUAAACGUUGUCUAAGUAUUUUAUUUUGUAAUGUAAUUUCACAGUCAGAUUCUGGGAAUUAGAACUGUUCUCAUUAAACUAUAAUAUGAAACUAGAUGCCUCAGUAUCCAAAUCAGGAUUGAAUUCCUUUGAUAUUUCUUGCUUUGUAUACCCUCAUAUAGAAUCCAGUUUAUUGUGCCAAGUGGAAUUCUCUCUUCUCUGUCAGGAACUGUAUGGUUUUUUCCAAA